CGCUCAUCACUAACUAAACAAAGCACAACAGGGAAGCUAGUACCGGACCGUUGCGGCCGUUGUUGCGUCCGAUUUAGUCUUAGAAUCUGGUAUCAUCCGGGUUUUUGCUUUACUUUUUCCUCGUUAUUUUGUCGAGAUUAUCUGGGUAUGUGAUUUUUUUGGUUUAUGCUUUUUACAUUUUACCGUUGGAGGACGGCGAUAAACUUAAUAAGUGCGUGGCGUCCCCCGGCCCUGAAUCGCCGCUGUUCUUUUUUGUAGCUAGCAUUAGCAAGCACCCCGGGGCCCAGGCCGGCGACUUCCUGUAGAUACAACGCGUUUAAAGCUUUUCUUUUCGCCAGCUUUGCAUAUAUCUUCGUGAUAAAAUGGCUUGUGGGGCUACUCUGAAACGUACUAUGGAUUUCGACCCGCUAAUGAGCCAGGCGUCCCCCAAGAGAAGGAGAUGUGCGCCGGUCAUGUCGCCGGUGUCUUCACCGCAGAAGUAUCUGCGCAUGGAACCGUCGCCUUUCGGAGAGGUGUCGUCCAGACUCACCACAGAGCAAAUUCUACACAACAUUAAACAGGAGUACAAACGCCUGCAGAAACGUCGACACCUGGACAGCGCCUUCCAGCAGUCCGAGGGCUGCUGUCCUCUGGAUCUGCACAACAUUCAGGCUGGGUCUCCUCUACCAGGGACAUCCUCAGGUGCCUUAUCUCCCACCAGGAAGGAGCAGCCCCUAUUUUCCCUCAGACAGGUUGGGAUGAUCUGCGAAAGACUACUGAAGGAUCGAGAGGACAGAAUCCGGGAGGAAUACGAUCAGAUUCUGACUACAAAACUUGCAGAGCAAUAUGAUGCGUUUGUCAAGUUCACACACGACCAACUGAUGCGAAGGUUUGGAGAGCAGCCUGCGAGUUAUGUCUCCUGAGUCCUGUGUUCUGAUUUUGGGACAUUCCUUUGCUGCCAUCUGUCUGAUUGGACUUUUCUCCUCGCUGUGCCAUAUUGCCUCUCUGGACUCACUGCCUCAGAUAUCAGUUAUUGGCAUCAAAUUUGCUGUUGCUCAGAGGAUUUCGGAGAGUCUCCCGCUGCCAACAUGUUUUGGAGACUCGACCAGUGGCCUCUUAACUGCCAUGUUGCAUUUGGCUUUCCUCUGAUGCCUGCAUUAAAGGCUCUCAUCAAACACUUGGCCUUUUUGGUUUUACUUUUGUGUUAUUUCACACAGUUGUGCAACUUGUCUGUCUACUUUAUUUUCUUUUAAGGGAAUUGGAGAGAUCGAUUAGUGGAAGACGGGCAACUCUGACUGGACUUGAGAAUCAACAGUUGUCUUGGCUUUCCUCAACGUUGUAUAAACUGUUUUGAAUAUUAAACCUUUUAGAUUUGUACAUUUGUAUACACUGUAUUUCAUUUGUUUGGAAUUUUUUGCUUAACUUUUGUUCAUUGUAUCCCACUGUUAUGACUUUGGUUUGCUAUAGGUUUAAAGGGGCUUUGAUUCAAAUGAUGUAAAUGAAUAAAAUUUUGGCACCAACACGUC